AUGGACGCCGCCGCCACCGAGGCGUCCCCCUUGGAAUGUUUCGGUAUCGUCGGUCUUUCUCGCUUCUUCAGUAGCAGCUAUCUUUUCGUCAUCACCAGCUCCAAACUCAUAGGGCAUUAUUUUCACGAAUCUCGUCCCAUCUAUUGCUGCACAGGCGUGCUGGCCAUCCCACUACUUCAUCAAGAGGCGACGCAGGCCAUCCGCUCCCAACUCACAAAGCUAGGUGUCGAAAUAUCAGGAAGGGAGUUCGAUGCGCAUGCUGCUGCUGGCGAUGUGACCGUGGAAAGCGACUCGGACAGCGACAGCGAAUCGUCUUACUCGGACUACGAUGAUGUCCAAACACCGGCCGCCAUUCCCAAGGAGCCUUUCUUCUCGUCCAUCUCCACCUCUGAGCGAGCUGACACUAUUCGCAUGCCGAAAUCGAGACCUUGGCUCACCAAAGCUGCACGUGCGGUCUCUGAUGGUCGCAUUCAGACCGUCUCGGAGGACCCUGCUCUGCAAUCACAGCUUGCCGACGCAACCGAAGCGCCCACCAUGCCUGCGGACCUUGUCGCUCAGCCCGCUUCUACAAACGGUCCCGUCUUCGCGCCUGCAACUCCCGACGAGCUGUGGCAUGCCGCCAAACAAGCCGAGCUUGAGGAGAAAGCGGUGAGAGAGACCGCAAAGUACUGGGCACGAGGCGAAUUCUGGUUCAGCUACGAUUUCGACCUCACCACCUCGCUCCAGAACAAGAGGCGAGCACUUGAUAGUAAUCCCAAACAUAGCUCAAAUGUUGUCCCAAAACCGGCUUCGCUCACUUCGCACCAGGCUCGGGCAUCCACGGCGAGCUCUUCGGAUGCCACGGCUGCUCCUUCGUUUCCACUCCUUGCGGAGCCGUAUCCCAAUCUUCCGCUCUGGAGAAGGGCCGAUCGCCGGUUCUGGCACAACGAACACAUGUCAAAAGACCUCAUCCAUGCCGGACUGCACGCUUACAUCCUACCGAUCAUGCAAGGCUAUCUUCAGACCGUCGAGCUACCUGUUCAGCCUGUCGAAGGGCUUGACACAGAAUCUGGCCCAGACGCCGUGCUCCGCUGUCAGAUGAUGGUUGUGUCACGUCGGUCGAAGGAACGUGCCGGUCUGCGAUAUCAACGCCGAGGGAUCAACGAAUCCGGACAGGUCGCCAACUUCGUCGAGACGGAGCAGAUCCUCUCCGUUCUACGCGGCCGGUCUGCAGCGACCUCUUCGACAUCCGAGACCGUCGGCGAUGUAUUGUCGUUCGUACAGAUCCGCGGUAGUAUUCCGCUUUACUGGUCACAAAGCCCAUUCUCGCUCAAACCUCCGCCAGUGCUCGAGCGGACCCAAGCUGAAAACACGGCAGCUUGUCGUAAGCACUUUGCGGCUCAGGUGGACAGGUACGGCUCAAUCACAUGCGUCAACCUCGCAGAGCAAGGUGGUAAGGAAGGCGAAAUCUCGAAAGCCUAUCGAACGGCCGUCGAGAAGCUUCGCGCCGAACAGCCUUCUGACGGCAAUGCCGACGGGAAGCCAUGGGACAGAAGCAAGCUGCACUACGUCGACUUUGAUUUCCACAAGGAAUGCUCGGGGAUGAGGUUUGAGAAUGUCGCCAAACUUAUCACUCAAAUGGGAGAUACGCUCGCCGACAUGAAGUACUACCAUCAUCGCACACGCAUGAGCGUCGCAGCUCAGCAGAGCGAGGUGGAGGUGCUGAGCAGGCAGACGGGCGUAUUCAGAGUAUCGUGCUUGGAUUGUCUAGAUAGGACGAACGUCGUCCAGUCUGCCUUUGCUAGGCACGUUCUCACCGGCCAGCUGAGCAAGCUGGCCAUCAGUGUUGGCGCCCCGGGCGCGACCACGGCAUCUGCUUAG